GCAGUUUGCUGAGCAUCCAGCAGGGGUCAGCCAUGUCACACAUCAACGCCACGGAGCUGCAGUCGCUCCUGCUCUCAUUCCUGCAGCACUGCCUCAACAGCACAAAUAUACUGUCUCCACCGAUAUCUCACAACUACACUUCCCAGGAGGCUGUGCAUCACCUGGCUGGAGCCAGGGCCCAGGCUCAAUCUCAGGGCAUGAUGUACAUCCUUCUGGUGGUCGGCAUGUUCAGCUUCUUCACAUUUGGCAUCAUGCUCAGCUACAUUCGCUCCAAGAAGCUGGAAGGCUCUCAUGAUCCGUACCACCAGUACAUCGCCCACGACUGGACCAAGGUGAUGACUCCGUCCAGGGCUGUUGCUCAGGCUCUGCACAGGGAGGCUGCAGGAAACGGGGCCAGCAGCAAGGAGCCCACCGUCAUCUGCAACCCUGCAACACUGGAGCAGCUGCCAGACUAGAAUGAGGCAAUCGGCUAUUUAAACAUUUCCCCAGAUUGAAAAGUGUAAACCUCUUUCACACAAGAUUUUGAAUUACCUUAACUUUUAAUGUCACAUAGCAACCAAAAGUUACAGUGUCUGAUUAGUAAUUUCACAGAAACAACUUGUGUGAUAAAAUUGCCUCAUGUUGUAAUCUUUGUUACCAACACAUGCAGUUCCUCACACUUGACGGUCAUGCAACCAUGACGGCUCGAUACUUCCAUUAACAGUUGAAGACAAUCCUGCAUAUCUGGACAAUAACAGUAGUAACACAGAGCAAAAUUUGUAAAGUGGCACCAUUGUCUCUGACUUUGAUUCAGUGUAUAGAAAUAAGUGGGUGAACAAGUCUGUCUGAUUUCCCCAUGGACUGAUGAUUGGUUUAAGUGAAAAAUUCAUCUCAGAUAUCUUUCUGUUCACUUCGAUUCAGUUUUAGUGUUUAGUUUGGAGCAAAUUCUUCAUCCAAGACAUCAGGCCUGGUUUGGUAUUUUUAGGCUUUGUUACGGCAUUAGCUCGUCUUUUCUCUUCCUUCCGCCUCUCUCUUUCCUUCUCUCGCUCUUUCUGCUGGUCCAGUCUGUGCUGGUGAGCUCCUUUCACUGCGCGCUCAAUCUCUCGUGACAAACUGAAGUGAACCAUUUGCAUGCUGAGCAUCGGUACGAUGAGGUUGUAAGUGUCCACUAUUUUGUUAAGUUUGACCAA